GGGCCGGCGCGGGGCGCUGAUUCGGCCGGAGCUGCCAGCUGGGUGGCUGCAGCCGCGGCUUGUUACAGCUGCUGGAGCAGCAGCGGCGGCCCCCGUCUCCGGGCACCCGUCCCGGGCCCUCGAUCUCCGGCCCCGCACGAAGAGCAGCGGGAAGGGGCGGCAGGAUGAACGUGGGCACGGCACACAGCGAGGUGAACCCUAACACGCGGGUGAUGAACAGCCGAGGCAUCUGGCUCUCGUACGUGCUGGCCAUCGGGCUGCUCCACGUCGUGCUCCUCAGCAUCCCCUUCGCCAGUGUCCCCGUCGUUUGGACCCUCACCAACCUCAUCCACAACUUGGGCAUGUACAUCUUCCUGCACACAGUCAAGGGGACACCCUUCGAGACCCCGGACCAGGGCAAGGCCAGGCUCCUGACCCACUGGGAACAGAUGGACUAUGGGGUCCAGUUCACAGCCUCACGGAAGUUCCUGACCAUCACCCCCAUCGUGCUGUACUUCCUCACCAGCUUCUACACCAAGUACGACCAGGUCCACUUCGUCGUCAACACCGUGUCACUGAUGAGUGUCCUCAUCCCAAAGCUGCCCCAGCUGCACGGGGUCCGGAUCUUUGGGAUCAAUAAGUACUGAGGGGACAGCCCCUGCCCAGCCCCGGAGGGCGGGGCGCGUGGAAGGCCGCAGCCGGGGCGCUGCCGAAGAUGAGGAGCCUCUGGACGAUGCCAGAUCCGGGCGGGGGGCCGCUGGGCCCUGGUCCCCCCCCACCCCCAGUAGCCAACUCGAAGUAGCUUGUAGUGGGGUUGGGGUGGGCCCCCCAGGGCACUGGCCUCUUCUAGUUCUUUGGAUCUCUUCCUUUUUUGCCUUUUGAAUAGAGACUGGGGGUGGGGUGGCGGUGGGCCCAGCUGGGCUCCCAGGCUGAGCACAGACCCGGGAGGUGGGCACAAGAGGCCCGGGAAGCCUGCCUGCCCACUUGCUCAUCCUCAGGCCACUAAAGCACUUUAACCCCGGCAGAGGGGAACGGUACAGCUUCUAGAACGUUCCACAUGGAUUCUGCAGUCUUAGGAUGACACUCGGCAGGCCGAUGCGGGGAGCGCGUGGGGCGGAGAGCAUCUGGUCCAGGCCACGCUGCGGGCAGCUGCUGCCCCCACCUGAGUCUGGAGGGGAGUGCGGGGGGAACGCAUGGUCCCCACUUGCCGUCCUGGCCCUGGGAGAGGGGGUGGGGCGCGGGGUGCGUUGAGACUUCGGAGGGGUCUAUGUAGCCACAGAGGAGUGGUGUAAGGGAGGCGGGUGGGGACAGCUUGAGCACGUUCCCCCCCCCCCGCCCCAGCCCCUGCUUUGGGAAGCGGUUGGGGAUGGGGGCCGGGCUUGGAGAGUCCGGUUACCCACAGAACGGAGUGGGGUACGGCGGGAGGCCACUGUGGGUUUGAAGCUCCUGACAGGGGCCCGAGGGCGCAGGUGUGAGCCCCGCAUCCCGCAGUGCUUGGAGGCGCCUGGGUAGUGGGUGGAGGGGGUGGGGGGCUGGUCUUGCCGCAGCUCUUCUCGAAAUUUCUUAGAAGCGACCUGUGCAGACAAUGCGGGGGCGGGGCCUCUGCGGCCGCCUGCACAUGGGGGCCGUGGGACCACCCCCACCUGACUGGGGGGGCUGCAGGGCUCAGCCCAAACUCCUCUCCUCCCCCAGCUGCCUUUGGAAGAGGGGUAGGGGGCGGCUGGCCCCCUCCCAGGGCCCUGUGGGAGGGGUGGGGGUCACUGGGCCUGCUCUCGGCCUCCUCCCCCCCAGCCCCCAUCCGUGUACCAUAGGGAACUUUCACCUCAAAAUCUUUGUAAGCAAAGUGUGAAUAGGGUUUUUACUCCCUUUGUACAGUGUUCUGAGAACCGCGAAUAAAGGCCGGUGUGUUCCUGC